AUGUCCACCCUCGACUCCUUCCGCCCCCCUUCUCCCCGAACCUACCGUCUCGCCCUCCGGGACCUCACACUCCCCCUCCUCUAUGCCGAACUCGCGAAACUGGAGACGAGUAUCUCCCACCUCAUGCGUUCCAAUGUCGAGCUACAACUAUACAUGGGAACCGAAGCCGAUGGAGAUGGAGAUGGGGAUUGCGAGUUGAGAGAUGCAGUAAAGGAGAACGAGGAGACGAUUGCGAGGAUGAGGAGCAGGAUGGAGAUUUGUAGGGUUGAGAUUGAGGAGAAGGGAGGUGGGUUGAAGCGGUGCGGUGAAUCUGAGGAGGUUCAAGGGGAAGAAGGAGUUUUUCUCUAG